CACGCUUGGACGAACCGGAAGAGAGAACCGUCUCCGCGGUGGUUUGUGUUUGUUGCUCCCAGUCCGCGGAUCCCGCAGUGUGUCUUUCUGUGUGUGUGCGCGCGCGCGCGUGUGUGUGUGUUUGUGUUCUCGGAGGGGGGAAGUAAUCAUCUUCUGUCUGCCGUGUUUACAUCCGACCCCCGAGUUAAAGCAUCCGGGGGGAAGAGGAAGAGGAGGAGGAGGGAAUGGAGUCUCACGGCAGGGACGAGCUGAAGGGUCCGGUGCUGCACAUCGUGGUGGUCGGCUUCCACCACAAGAAGGGCUGUCAGGUGGAGUUCUCGUACCCGCCGCUGAUGCCCGACGAAGGUCACGACAGCCACCUGCUGCCGGAGGAGUGGAAGUACCUCCCCUUCCUGGCGCUCCCCGACGGGGCGCACAACUUCCAGGAAGACACUGUGUAUUUCCACCUGCCGCCUCUGAAUGAAGACAUGAAAUGUGUCUACGGAGUUUCCUGUUAUCGACAAAUAGAAGCAAAGGCCCUGAAGGUGCGGCAGGCCGACGUCACCAGGGAGACGGUGCAGAAGAGCGUCUGCGUCCUCAGUCGAGUGCCUCUCUACGGGCUGCUUCAGGCGAAGCUGCAGCUCAUCACACACGCCUACUUCGAGGAGAAGGACUUCUCGCAGAUCUCCAUUUUAAAGGAGCUGUACGACCACAUGAACGGCUCCCUGAGGGGCUCGGCCCUGGAGGGGUCACAGAUGUAUCUCGGUUUGUCGCCGAGGGAUUUAAUUCUGCACUUUCGACACAAGGUCCUCAUCCUCUUCAAGCUCAUCCUGCUGGAGAAGAAGGUCCUGUUCUUCAUGUCUCCGGUCAACAGACUAGUGGGAGCUCUGAUGACCGUGUUGUCGCUGUUUCCAGGUAUGAUCGAGCACGGCCUGGUGGACUCGUCCCACUACCGGCCUCAGAGCGGCGCGGCGGAGCACCUGCCGCCGCUGGAGAGCGUCUCCGGAGUCGAGGGAUUCGUCUCCGUGUCCGUCACCGACUUCGCCGACGGCGAGCCGGAGGGCGACGACCGCGGCCUCCUCAAGCCGCCGCCGUCGCGCGGCUCUCCGGAGUCCUCGGAGAGCGAGUGGGAGACUCUGGACCCCGGCCUGCUGGACGAGGGGCCCGAGGAGGCGCCGGCGGAGGAGGACGCCGAGACGCAGCCGCUGCUGGACGCCUUCGACUCGGCGGGGACGCCGAUCACGGUGCAGCCGCAGGCCGCCGGCGGGCAGGGAGGAGUCGUCCAGGGUCUGGUGUCCGGCCUGGAGGAGGACCGGUACGGCCUGCCGCUCCCCGUCUUCACCAAGGGUUACCUGUGUCUGCCCUACAUGGCCCUGCAGCAGCACCACCUGCUGUCCGACGUGACGGUGCGCGGCUUCGUGGCCGGCGCCACCAACAUCCUGUUCCGCCAGCAGAGGCACCUGAGCGACGCCGUCGUGGAGGUGGAAGAAGCCGGAGUCCACGUCCAGGACCCCGAGCUCCGCAGGACCCUCGCCCUGACCACGGCCGACCUCCGCUUCGCCGACUACCUGGUGAAGCACGUGACGGAGAACCGAGACGACGUCUUCCUGGACGGGACGGGCUGGGAGGGCGGAGACGAGUGGAUCCGGGCGCAGUUCACCCUCUACCUCCACUCGCUGCUGUCCUCCGCCUUGCAGCCAGACAACGAGCGGCUGCUCGCCGACUACGGCGUUCCCUUCGUGGCGGCCUGGAAGAUUACCCACAACUACCGGGUGUGGUACAGCAACAAGCACCCGGCCAUGGCCGCCAUCACGCCGGGACAUCCGUUCCAGGGCCAGUACAGUGUCGCCGACGUGAAACUGCGACUCUCACACUCGGUGCAGAACAGCGAGAGAGGGAAGAAGAUCGGGAACGCCAUGAUGACCACGAGCCGGAGCGUCGUCCAGACGGGGAAGGCAGUGGGUCAGUCUGUGGGCGGAGCUUUGACCAGCGCCAAGUCGGCCAUGUCCUCCUGGUUCUCCACGUUGGCUCAGCCGCCGGCGGUGACCCCCGCGGAGCGUCCGGAGCCGGCCGCCGAGGUCCAGCCCUGAACCGCCGGAGGCGUCGGUGGACUUGAGAGACGCUUUUUAUGAAGGAUAAUAACGACGACGCCGAGGGUCUCCUCCUCGUGUUCGGCGACUCCCGGCAAAGUCCCCGUUCCUCCUCAUCGUCACCGCGAGGCGGAGAGACUCAAAGAACCUCCCAGAAGCGUCGAGCCGGCCGCUCCGUGUCCGUUCUGCAUUUUGAUGGAUGCUUUUUCCCGCGAGACACUAAAGACGCCGGCGUUGUGUUUUUUUUCGCGGUGUUGCAGGAUUUUACUGCAAGAAGAAGAAGAAAAAGCACGAGCUGCGGCACCUUUUUAAAAAAUCGUAUUUUUUCGGCGCCGUCUCGGUAUGUAAUCGUAUGUGGUUGUCGUGGUAACUGCAUGAAAACAAACAAAACAAGAAAACUAAAAAAAAACGUCAUAGUUUUACUUUUUAAGUUCCUACUGUGAAUAAUUAAAGAGAUAUUGAUUUCGACAAUUCUACUUUAAUUUAAGUUUGUUUGACAUGAGACAAUAAAUGCUACACAUUUACAGAACAUU